AUGUUAACUUUUCACCAAAUAAUCAAAAUUACUUAUCACUUAUCAAAUAAUCCGGAGUUCCUAGCUAAAGCUACCAAAGAAAGCGACUUAAAAGCAGUAAUGGAAUUUAUUUACGCCAAUAACCUAUUUACAUCCGGAUCAAAUUUUCUGAGUUGGAUCACGCUAAAUGAAGUUCUGCUUCAUCAUAAAGUUGCCAUUUUAUUCCAAAUUGUUUUGUCUUUAAUUUUGAUGUGGUUUAUCGAAAUGCUUACUGCUGUUGCAGACAAUUUCCUAAAUCUAAGGGUGGUUGUUGAAAAACCCGUUCCAUUUUCCACCAAAUGCAAAAACACAGGUGGCGAGUCAACAUUGGUAAGAUUGGCAGAAGAUAACACACUUGCUAAAUUUCAAGAAAGCCUAUUUUGGCUAUGCGGAAAGAAGCGCUUUGCCUCAUUAGCGUUAAUGUAUGUAACAUUGCCACUUGAGGGUAAAUUGAAAGUAUUAUUUCAGCUAGAGCGAAAAGACUUUGCCAGGUCUGAGAUUGCCUACAGCAAAGCUCUAGCAGGUUUGGCUGUGAAUUACAUUGCUGUGCAUUACAAAUGGAUUUCGUUUAAAUCAAUUGUCUUUGUUAUCAUUUAUUGGAGUGCACCACAUACCAAAUAA